GCCCGGCCGCCAUGAGGGAAAAGGGCCGCAAGAAGAAGGGCAGGACCUGGGCAGAGGCCGCCAGGACGGUCCUGGAGAAAAAUCCCAACACACCUAUGAGCCAUAAAGAGAUCCUUCAAGUAAUCCAGAAAGAAGGAUUGAAAGAGAUCAGGAGUGGGACUUCUCCUCUUGCGUGCCUGAAUGCUAUGCUGCACACCAAUUCCCGUGGGGAUGAGGGGAUUUUCUAUAAGGUCCCUGGAAGGAUGGGCGUCUACACAUUAAAGAAAGAUGUUCCAGAUGGGCUGAAAGAACUGUCUGAAGGCUCGGAAGAGAGCAGCGAUGUGCAGUCUGACUCCCCCACCUCAGAAAACAACAGCAGCAGCAGCAGUGACAGGAGCAGCACCAAGGAAGGGAGGAAAAGCAGGUGGCGGAGGAAAGUAUCAACCAGGCUCUCACAAGUGUCCCCCCCUCAGCCAGGCUGCCCGUCUCCUUCCAUCCCAUCAGGUAAAGUCAUCUCAUCAUCUCAGAAACUCAGCAAAAAAGCACUGAAGCAGGCCCUGAAGCAGAAGCAGCGCAAGCAGCAGCAGUGCCGAGCCAGCGGGCCGGUCUCCUCCAACCACCACCUCCUGCAGCCGCAGCACUCAAAGGCAGCCGGCCAUUCCACACCUGGGAAACCCGCCUGGGAAGGAAAGCAGUCUGAUGGACAUUCCAGCAGCUCCCAGAACUCUACUUCCAGCUCCUCUCCCUCUCUUAAACCUGAGCCCUCCCUGCCAGUCCUGGGGAAAAAGCCGUUCCAGAGAUCCGAGAGGCUCCAUGCAAGGCAGCUGAAGAGGACAAAAUGUGCAGAGAUAGAUGUGGAAACCCCGGACUCCAUCCUGGUGAACACCAACCUGCGGGCCCUGAUCAACAAGCACACCUUCUCGGCUCUGCCAGCUGACUGUCAGCAGAGGCUGCUCCUGCUUCUGCCGGAGGUGGACCGGCAGACCGGGAUGGACGGCCUGAUGAAGCUCAGCAGCUCUGCCCUCAACAAUGAGUUCUUCACGUCUGCCGCCCAAGGGUGGAAGGAGCGGCUGUCAGAAGGCGAGUUCACACCCGAGAUGCAGCUGAGGCUUCGGCAGGAGCAAGAGAAGGAGAAGAAAGUGGAAGUGUGGAAGGAGCAGUUCUUCGAAAGCUACUACGGCCAGAGUUCUGGGCUGAGCCCUGAGGAGUCCAAGCAACUGACGUCCUGCCUCCCUGCGCCUCGGAGCCCGGCGGAGGCUGGGAAUCCAGCGGCAACAGCGCAGCUGCAGAGAUGCGCACCGGUCCCUUCCGUGGCGCCGGGCAAAGAAGAGGCCGCUCCUCUUGCCGGCCCCAAAGCGCAGGAGCUCCGGGCCCCGCCGGCAGCCCGCCAAGGAGAGGAGAGCAAGCAGCCCCACGGGCCCAGGCCGGCCGAACACGCAGGCUCCUCGGAUGACAGCCGCCACGCCCCCUCCGAAUUCAGCCACCGGAGCCCGCCCCGGCCUCCCACGGGGGCUGAGGAGCCCACGCCAAUGGAGGUGCCGCAGCCGGCGGGCCUGGGGUCCUCGGGGAAAGAGAACGCAAGCGAACCCAAGAGCCCGGCAGCGGCUGCUCCGGGCGCAGAAGCCAGCCCCGGGGAAGAGGCCCAGGAGGCCCCCGCCGCCGGAGCCGAGCAGAUGGACACGGGAGCCCGGCCUGCCAAGAGGAAAGCGGACGCUCCCGAGGAGGCCCUCGCCACGCCGGAGAAGCGGCCCCACUUUGCGGAGCAGUCCUCCUCCAGGCCGCCUUUUCAGGGCCCACCGCAGCCCUUUCCCAUCGCGCCGGUGCCAAAGGUCCCUCCGCUCCGGAUCCCCGUCUCCAGGAUCCAUGGAUCUCCAGCACCGUCUCCUGCCAGCCAGGUCUCUCCCAGGCCCGGCUUCCCAGUCACCGUCACCAGUCCCAGGAGGACGGGGGCCAGGACUUUGGCCGACGUCAAGGCCCGGGCCCAGAUGGCCCGGGCCCAGCGGGCCGCCGCCGCCGCCGCUGCCACCAUUGCUGCUACUGCUGCGUCCCUUGUGGGAGCCAUCCCAGGGCCAGGCCCGGGAGGGGGGAGAGCAGCGGAGCGGAGCGGCCCACCCCCAGGGAGGCCUCAUGGGACUGUGCUGGACCUGGCGGGCCCUGGAAGUGGGGCAGAGCCGCGGAGGAGGCCCGUGCUCUCCUGCCCGGGCACCGGCUCCCCAGCCGAGCCCCCAGCGGCCCCCAGCGGUGCUGCAAGAGCACAGCUACAGUCGCCUCCCCCAGCACAGCUCAGCAGCGCCAGCAGCCCCGGGGCUGAGACCCCGCCGGGCCCCCAACCAGCCCUAGGGAGCGUCCGCUGCACAAGCUCCGGUCCCUCGGCCGCCCAGGGCACGGCGGCUCCUUUGGCUCCGCGGGCCAGUCUGGUUCCAAGCCUGGGGGGGCCUCGCAAAGCCCCUCCCCUGCUCAGCCGGGGCCCUGGAGCAGCCGGCGGCCCUGGGGCUAGGACAGCCGGCCAGAGUCUCCCCGCGGCAGUGGCGGCGGUGGCGGCGGCUCCUGCUGCCAGCACAGGGGUGUCCAGGGGCCAAGGCCCCUCCUUGCCCCCCCUGCCCCAGGUGGCGGCUGUGCCCCUCAAGGCCCCUCCUGCCCCUCGUUCUCAGGGCGGCGCCGUGGCCACGGCUGCUCCGUCCCACGGCACUUUGCCUGCGGCCCACAGCCUGAAAGGCCCCACCGGCUGUCCGGGGGCGAGUGGGAGCACCCUCAAGGGCAGCCCCAGCAUCCCUGCCAGCAACCCCCUGGUGGCUCAGCUGCUGCGGGGCAAGGAGGUGCCGAUGGAGCAGAUCCUGCCCAAGCCCCUGGCCAGAGGCGAGGGGAGGCCCGGCCUGCUGCCGCCCGUCAAGGAGGGCCAAGAGGCGGCUGCCAUGGCGGCUGCCAGCGAGGGGCAGCCUCUCCUCGUGGCCUUCCCCUCGGGCAAAGUGGGCCACCAGCCCCACGGCCCUCCCCCCACCCCCUCCUUCCCAGGGCAGGACCUGUGGGGCCCUCAUGCCCAGCCGGCCUCUGGCCAGGGCCCCCGGGAGCAGCUCCUCCCAGCCUUCCUGCAGAGGGGGCCUGGCCAGGGCCGGCCUCUGGCCCCCUCCCCGCCCUCCCGCCUCCCCCCGCUCCCCCCGGACUUCCUGCUCGAGAGCAGUUCCGCCAGCCCGGGUGGCUUUGUGCUGGGAUUCAUGGGGAGAAGGACGUCCCGCCCUGCCAUGUCUGGCCAUUACCUCCUGAACGUGUCCACCUAUGGGCGCUGUGCUGAGAACCUGCGGAGGAACCUCGCCGUGCCCCCCGGGAGCCGCCUGAGCCACGUGGAGUUUGUGGAACAGGAGCAGGCAGCCGGAGUCACCAGCGAUGGCGGCAGCAGUGGAGAAGAUGCCGGGGACACGGACAGCGCCGAAGACGAGGAGCUGCGUGUCGCCGUUAAAGAGGAAGCGCAGGCUCCGGAGUGGGGUGCAGCCGAGCCGGCAGCCCCCAGAGCAAAGGCUGUGGAGGUGGAGCAGGCAGCCCCGAGCCGGAAGGAGGGAGGCCUCCGCCCCUGCUCAGCUGGCCAGGACUGCGCUGCCAGCCUCAUGGCCAGGGAUUUCAUGCAGGUGGCCCAGGCGGUGAGGAGGGACCUGAGGCCCGGGGGCGGCGGCGGCGGCAGCAGCAGCAGCACAGAGUUCCGCCCUGCUGGGGCUCCAGCGGCCUCCCCGCCUCCCCGGCCCCUGCUGCUCUCGCCCUCGCCCCCCUCUCGGCUUUUUGGGAGCCCUGGUGCUGCACAGCUGCUCGGGCCGGGCUACAGCGGCACCAUCAACGUCUCCACGUCUGCGGACCUGCACCAAGAGGCGCUCCUGACGGGGCUGUCGGACCCCAGCCGCAUGGGGGACGUGGUGUCCUUCUCCGUGACGGUGACCACCAUCCCGGCAGGCCAGUCCGUGAGCCGUGGUGGCCACGAGCACCCCCUCCACGGCCAGGCCUUUUCGGGCGACGGCGGCGGCGGCUUCGCGGAGCUGCCGUCCAAGUGCUACUGCCGCCUGAAAGCCAUGAUUGUGUGCAAGGGCUGCGGGGCCUUCUGCCACGACGACUGCAUUGGCCCCUCCAAGCUCUGCGUGUCCUGCCUCGUUGUGCGGUAGCAGCCUGGCUGGACAGCGUGGCGGGCAGGAGGGGCUCGCGGUGGCGGCGGCGGCGGCUGCAUGGGGCGUCUCCGCGCCCCCGAGAGUGGAGGAAGCACCUUGGACUGCCAGCCGGACCUCCUGAGGACAAGUGUUUGCACUUACGAAACCAUGUAAAUAUGUUGCGUUGUUUUGUCUUAAAAGUUAUUCUCCCCCCCCCGAUCUUUUGAGAUAAAUCUGUUGAUUUGAACCCCAUGUUCCUUUAGUCUCUUGUGCCCUCGUAGCUGAACUCUGCUCCAGGCAGCCCCUCGGCUCACAAUCCAGGCCUCUGCUUCUCGGAGGGCUGGGCCGGGCCCUGCUGAGCCUCUCCGGUGGGCAGGCCCAGCCUCGGCCCUCCUCCCCUUUCCCAACGAGUCGCCUGUCUGCUCCGCUGGUGGGGGCCGUUGGGGCCCAGGGCCGGCUGCCAUGUUUCCUUGUGGUGCUGCGUGGGCGGAGAAGCACAGGGACCCAGCGAAACAUGGCAGCUGAGAUGUGUGCACCACCAGCGUCUGUAAGCAGUGGGCAGGCAGGCUGCCUCGCCGCUGGAUUUUGGUAGCAUUGGUGUGUGCUGUUGAGCAGAAGAGGGCCGAGGGAGUCCCGUCCCCAGGGUGGGCAGGGUGGCACCGCUGAGUCCGCGCCGAGGCCAAGAAGAGCUUUCGAAGGACGGCCUGGGGUCAAACCGGGCAGCGGCAGCUGGGCCCUGUCGUGCCACCGUUUCCUCACGAGAAGCCCCCUCGCCCCCCUGCCCCCCUUUCCUUUGGAUCAGGUCAAAAAUGCAGCAAAGACCAAUCUGUUUUGAUCCCACUCCCAUCGUCCCCAGCAGAAAAUGGCCCCAUUCAGAGCAGCGAGGACAGGCCUGGUCCCUGGGCGCCCAGUCUUUUUUCUGGGCUAGCAGGCCCGUGCCUGGGGUAGUCCCAGACCAGGAAUGAGGCCUGGAUCUGCUGGUAGGACUCUGGGUGCCUUGAAGGGGGGCAGCGAGGACGUCUGACUCCCCUCCUGCCUUCAGUUACACUGUCCAGAAAGCUUGGGGGUAACCAGGAGUGGAUUCGUGUGUGGAAGGACGGACGGGCAGCUCCGCUGAGUUCUGGUCCUCAGCACAAGUCCCUGGCCUCGGAAUGCUUUAACUCCCCCUGGGUGUCUUUUGCACCAGGCUCCAGCCGGUGGAUCUCUCUGGGUUCUAGGAAAAGAAAACCUCAGUGGAGGCUGCAAGGCAGUCCCACCUGCCCCAGGCCCUCUGGGUCUUGCUUCCUGGGAGUUUCAGGCCCUGGAAGAGAGUCAGGGCUGCUCCCGCAAUGCUCCUCAGUAUUCGGGCGUUUCCUUUCCUUUUGUAUGAAAGGCACAGAAGAUACCAAGCUCCUGAGCAUACGCCUCCUCCCGUGAAUCUGUGAAGCUGCUUUGUGCCGUGUCUCCACCUGGCCCAGUAGUGUCUGUUCCAGAGUCUGGGGCAGAAAGGUCCCUGUCCCUUCAUUUGCCCCCGGGCCCUUUAACUGGACAGGCUGCCCGGGACUGGACGUGGGGCUUUCUGCAUUGGAAGCAGGGGUUCUGCCAUGGAGCUGACGUCCUGCUCCUUCCGGCCCGUAAGGCUGCAAAGAUAUAUUUACGGGGUGGGUGGGGGUGGGGUGGGGGUGCUGCUGCCUCGGCAACUCUGAAAGGUCUGAGCAGAAGCAUAAAAAGGGCUGCCUUCCCCGUGUCCGUGGCUAACAGGAACAGAGCGAUUACGGGGGUGUCAUUAAUGUCAGCUCCCAAUUCCACUUGUUCGGGGCAGAUUUGUCGUGCGCAGGGGGCGUUGCACAGAGCACCUUCCCCCCCCCCCCCCGGUGCUUCGUGCAUCGGCUGCAGACUGGUGCCACAAGGGCACGCAGUGCUUUGUCGCUGACCCACCUGGUCAUGUGCUGGUUUUAGAUGAGGAAGUGCCACAAUUUCAUAAGCAAGAACAGCCAGUCAGGGUUGAAUGAAAGCCGUUUCCAAAGGCUUCGGAGGACGGGGCCGGGCAGA